AUAGGGAGUCCUAAGAGUUCACGUGUUUGAGGCGAAGCAUCUGAUGAAAAAAGACAUAAGCGUCUUGGGAAAAGGAAAAUCAGAUCCUUACGCUGUUGUGACUGUAGGCGCACAAGAAUUCAAGACCAAGCCCAUCGACAAUACUGUUGAUCCGAAGUGGGAUUACUGGUGUGAGUUCCAAAUAUUGGAAUCCAGUGGUCAACAGCUUUACAUCCAUCUGUGGGACAAAGAUGACACUGGAAAUGAUGAAUCCCUUGGAAGGGCUACCGUGGAGGUAUCCAAUAUUGUAGGGAAGGGCACUGAUGAUAUGGUAAAAAUCUAACUAAUAAUAUGUUCACAGUUAAUUUUUUCAAUGUUACUUGAAAAUGUGUCGUAAAACUAUGGACGCAUAAAAUUUCAACGAAUAUUUUCAACUACGACACCUUAUUAUGAGAAAAUCUUGAGGAACAAAAAAGUUAACUUAUUUCGGCGAUGCUAUAAUAUUAUACGUAAUUGAACUUUUAGUGGAUAACUCUCGAACAAGCGAAGCAUGGUAUGGUCCAUCUUAGGUUCGUCUGGCUGGAGCUCAGCAAAGAUCCCCAUGAUUUGCAAGCCAUUUUAACUGAAACACAAACGUUGAGAUCAUCAAACUUAAGUACAGCAUUGCUGACAAUAUUUUUGGACUCCGCCAAAAAUCUUCCGCAAGCCAGAAUGUCCACAAAACCGGAUCCAUACGCAGUAAUAAAAGUAGGCAACAAAACACAACAAACUAAUGUACUGAUGAGAACAAUUCAUCCAGUGUGGGAACAAGGAUUCACAUUCCCCGUUGUCAGCCCAGACAAUGACUCCGUAUUCGUGACUAUUAUGGAUCACAAAACGGGCAACGAGAUCGGACAACUUAUCUAUAAAAUCAAGAACAUUCUGACCAAUAAGGAUAUGGAGAUCAGCAAAGAGCCGUUUGCUUUGUUGAAAUCUGGACCAGAGAGCAAGCUGAUUUGGUCAAUUCAUUUGAGGAUAUUGAAAAGAAAAAAUGAAGCCAUGCUAGCUGACGAGGCUGAUGAUUCCUCCAUGGACUCCUUUGAACCAAUACCUGCCUCAGAAGGAGCGACAAGUGUUAGCCGAACCAAUAGUGUUGAACAAUCUAAAGGAGUGGAUGAAAAAAUGCAGGAAGACAGAGAAACCGUUGUAAUGUCCGAAACAGCAUCUGUAACCGAAAGCUCUCCUCAGUUACUUCAUCGAACACAGAGCGUAACCUCGUCAGCCGGUGAGGCCGGUCUUGGAAGAAUUCUCAUGUCGCUCAAAUACAGCGUUGAAAGGCAGAGGUUAAUCGUCGAAGUGAAAAAAGUAAUGAACCUACCUCACAAGGAUCCCUCAAGCAUCCCAGACCCGUAUGUAAAGUUAUAUCUCCUACCAGAACGAUCCAAGGAUUCAAAAAGGAAAACUCAGGUUGUGAAAGACAAUUGUAAUCCCGCUUUUGAAGAGGCAUUUGAAUACGUCAUCAAUCAAAGAGAUUUAGGUGGUAAAAAGCUAGAAGUUACCGUGUGUACCCAGAAGCAAGUGUUCUAUUCUAGCGGUAACGUCUUAGGCCAGGUUAUCAUCGAUCUAGGAAAAGUGGAUCUUGCACAACCUUAUAGUUCCUGGUUUGAUCUUCAACGAGAAGCGAACUCUAAUGCUUAAUCUAUGCCGCUGCAAUGUACGUAAUCACCCCUCAUAUAAAGCUUCUAGGAAAAGUACACCCAUAUAGUGCCUCAAGUUGACAAGAAAUGUGAUCAACACAGUUCAUUAUACAGGGUGAUUUAAAAAAAGAGUGCCAUUAUUUCUAGGACCGGUGUAAUACUAUGUUCCAGCGAUUUUUAUUUUUUUGUCCGUUGUUCCGCCACCACUGAUUCAAUUUUCAAAAUCUACGACUACCUAAACGAUGGAAGAAUUGAACUUGCGGUAAUCGAUUUUCAGUUCAUAAGUAAUUUCUAAUUGUUAAGUUUUGGCUGGAUAUCACUGACAAGAGACAAUUCGUCUAAAAAAAUGGUUUGAAUGUUUGAGGUAAAAUCACUAUAAAAAAGUUUUGCUUUCGCUUUGGAUAUACGAUGAAGUUAGUGAUGUUUGAAUUUGAAAAUUUUAUGCAGUAGUUGUUACUAAAAUGUCUUAAAGCAAACAGUAGCACAUAUAUUUUCAUCGCACUGCUACAUUUAAGGACCUAUGAAGCUUUUUUUGUUAGAAAACUGGUCAUUGUUUUUUAAUCACCUUGCCCACAUUUCCUAGAAAUUUGUAUAUUUGAUAAUAUUCCUAUUUUACUUGCUUUUAAUCCAUCAUGAAUAAUAAAGAGCUUGUGUUUAUAUAAACUAAGCAAUUAUAUAUUUUGUUAUACUUUUUCACCAGUUUGCUUGCUUGGCCGCAAGGAUAAUGCAUUCACAUUCUUCAAUCGCUAAUAAUUGAAUGAAAAUUGUACUUUUAUAAUGAUACCUGAUUAUACAAAUAAGCGCCUUAAUAAAGGAAUGAUUUUGAUUGUUUA